CUCCAAGACUCACUCAGAGUGGGCUAUUAUGACCCUUUCAACUUGUACCCGGUGCUCCGGUCGGAAAUCGAGGCCAAAUUGCCCCUCACAAACUUGCACUGGAAAUCACAUCCAGCCAAGCCUCUCAAAUCCAUACUGCUGAUUCCAGUACAAUUUGUUGAGGAAGUCCCUAAAACUACAUCUGCAGAAACUGGAAACAGCAAAAAUGUCGCAACAGUCUAUAUUCGGUUAAUGUUUGUGAAAAUAGAUAAUGUUGAUGUGUACCGAUCACAAGUUCGACCAUUGAUUCGAGAAUGGUUGAAAAACCUAGUUGUUAAUUCCCACGUAGAAUGGAUGGUAGUUUUGUAUAUUCCACCUACUUCAAAAGAUAAAAAUCUGACGAUUAUCAAGACGUCGAGCUUUGACAAACUCAAGAUCGACUUUGGUGACGAAGGCAAGGAGCUACCGUCGGUAUUUGCAGAAUCAGCUACUUUUUCUCUGGGUCCCCGGUGCUUCAAAUUGAAGCCGGAAUCCGACUCUUCUAAACAGAACCCGUUUGUGGAGUUUGCAGUAGUGUUGAAAGAUCAUAUGGUAGCGUCGUUUGAUGAAAGCUAUCAUCGAUUCAGCGACAGUUUAGCUGGAUACAAGGAUUUGACUAUCGAUAAGUUCCGGACCCGUCUUGCUUUGGCUGAUCUCUUGUACGACAUGAGACUCUUCCAGGACUCUCUCGAUGUAUAUAAAGAACUUGAUGACGAUUUGAAUGCUCUUUAUGCGAUCGAUAGCUCUAUCUUCGAUGUACACUUGCGUAAGUUACCGAAAUCGUUGGACAAAUUCAAGUUCGAUGACUGGGUUGACGAGCUCCAGUUGUCCUUCCACAGUAAUACUAAGAUUAACUUGUUUGGAGCCAAAUGCUUGCUCUUCAAGAACCAGUCGGUAUUGUUUCAAUCUCUUGCAAGCCAUGCUUCGACAGUAUCCAUUUCUGCUAUCUACAUCUCAAAUCUAUACCAAAAACUAAAUUACUUUCUCAAUGAUCUUUGCAAUACAUUUGAAGGUUCUUCGUUGGAUGAGUUUGCUUACUGCAUAGUGGACGACUUCUUGAAUUUACCAGUUGCUGUCAGAUUGAUAGAAAACAAAAGUAGUAGCACAGACGACCCUACAAACGCGUACCAAUUGCAUGAAAUAUUGGAAUUCAAGGGAGAACUCAAGAUGUUCCAACGUUCAAAGAUUGUCAGAAUUGCAUUGUCUAAGGGAUAUAGACUAGACGGUCCUGAAUUGGUCUUGCAAGAUAUUUCAUUGGAUGAUUGUACGGAAGUUAAGCCCGCAACAUUGACCAAUUUAUCGUAUAAGCCAGUCUUAGAAGCACUCAAAUCAGAAGAGAUUUUCCACAACUGGUUUGAAGCGAUUACAGAACAGAUUAUUCAAGACAUGGUAUUCUGUGGAAGGAGUAAAACAAUAGAUCUUUUGAGUAUAGAUCUAGUAUUGCUCAAUUAUCAAAAAGGUAACUACCAGGAGUCACUCAACGUUCUCCAGGAUUCCUACGAAUUUUUUAUCCUUAAUGGGUGGAACUUUAUGGGAGGCUUCUUGUUGGAAGUUUACUUGGAUUGCAUUGAAAAAUUGAACGGUUCUGACCACGAGCAUAUCACCAUGACCAAUUUAAGGCUUUUGUCUACAUUGAUAGACAAUUGCAAAUCUAGAUCCCAGAUUGGAAUAAACAAUUAUCGUAUGAUAAAAACUACAGAAAGCAUUUCCAAAUUAUACUCUAAUAUAUUGGCAAGUUCCCUCAAAUUAGACACCUUACUUGAUUACCCACUUGACAACUUGUUCAAGGUUUCUAUUAUCCCAUUUUUCCACGCUGACCAAAGUACUACUUUAGACAAGUAUUUUUUGGAGUUCGAAUUUACCAAUUUGUUCCAAAUUGAUUUCAACUUCAAGACAAUUGAGUUUCAAUUGGUGAACAAUGAUUUAGAUGAACUUUUUUUUGUUGGUGAAGAUGUUCAGAUAUUGAAACAGGUUAACCAAACUUUCCGGUUGGUGACGAAUACUUUCAAGCUAGGGUACUUUAAACCACUUCGCUUAACAGUCAAGGUGAAUGAGAAUUUAGAGUUUCUGAAAGAGUAUGACUGUGUUGACGAUCCUGCUUUGGAUGAAAAUACUACAGUGGUACAUCAGGCUGCAAAUUCAGCACAAGUAAUGGACAGUGCAUCAAUUCUACCUUCAACGAUUAAGUCCAAGCAGGACUACAUCUAUUUCUAUCAGGACUUAAGUAAAUUGUAUCUAGAAUUGUCGCCUUCAAGAACCAUCCAAUUAGGUACUAAUGAACUUACAUUAGCAAUUCAUAAUGGUGAAAAUGACAUUGAAAAUAUUUCUGUGCAACUAACUGCGGUCACAGAAGGGCUACAUCUCGAACUUGAAAAUUCAACCUUUCAAUUUGAUAGGGCUGACACAAACGAGAUCAAGGAGAUCUCAUUUCCAUACAGGUAUCAUAGCGAUAACAAGUUAUUAGAGCUUGAAGUGACUUUGCAGUAUAUUUCAAAUGGAGAAAAGUAUAGUUUCUGGCAAAGAAUCGAAGUUGACACCACAUUGACAAUUUCGGUAUCGGUUCAAGAUUUAUUUAAGAACAGCUUCAUAUACUCAAAAUUCCAAGUUGGGACAUCAAAUCCAAAAUUGCCCAUCAGAGUAAUGGACAAUAAAUUAUCUACUGCAAACUCACAUUACUCUAUAUCUCAUCCAUGCUGUGGCACACCUUCUCUUGUUGCAUUCGGUGAGCAGCCUGCCUCGUUCUUCUAUAAGAUCAUUCCGGAUAGUGGAUAUUCCAUGGUCUCUACUGACACAUUAGAAUUGAAGAUUGAAUACUCUAAUUUGAUUGAUGAGUGCUAUCAUUUUCUUAAACUUCAAAUUCUUCCAGAGUUAAAGGAGCUUGGACUCGAAAGAUAUUGGUUUAUAUUCCAGAAUUUGGUAGGAAAAAAAGUAAAGUUUGAUUUGAAUAAUUAUGGUAUCAAGCAAUUCAUUAAGAUAUUGAAUGGCGUGGAACUCGGUUUACUUUUGAAGUUAUUGUUCUUACGACAUGUUGAGAAGAAGGAAGAGCAGGAUAAAUUGGUUCAGUUGAUGGACUCGGUAUUAGCUGACAAAGUCUAUAUACAACCAGAGCCUUUUCCUAUUCCACGUAUAUUGCACAUAUCAGUACCAGUACCUAUUCUUCGCUAUUUACAGAUUCUUGAGUUUCACUACGACCGACAACCUCAGUAUAUUGUUGGCGAGCCUAUUCCGAUGAGAUUAAAAGUGGAAACAAUCCAGAAAUGGCAUGAGAGCGACUCUCUGCCCGACAACAUGAAUGGGGAUGUUUCUGUUCUCGCCGAAUCGUCUCCAGAAAGGGUCAAUGGUCAUGUUGAGGUUGAUGGUGGUGUCAAGGAGAAGUUCCUGAUGUUCAUACAAAAUGAUGACAACUGGUUGGUGUCUGGAUUCAAGAAGUACAACUUUGAUUCCGUUAAAGGUCAUCGCGAAAGUAAUGCCUUUGAAGUGGAUCUUGUACUUAUACCAUUGAAUGUGGGCAAGUUGAUACUUCCCAAAGUUAUCAUCAAGGUGGCUGGUUCAGAAAACGAGGAUGACUCUUCGAUGGAUAUUGAGUUCAAGAAUGGCUUGGAGUCGGUACUAGUUGUGCCGCAAUUGGAAAGCAUCACGUUCUCUUUUUAG